ACUACAGACUACAGAAUACUGUACUAAAUCUUUAGUUGUAGAAUAGAUAUAAAUCAAUUAGGACAACCAUUAAUACCUUUGGACCGUGAGGCACUCGAGUCCAAUAGGCCCAAACCCAAUAGCCCAAAAAGUCGAAUACAAGAAGUAUAUACGCUGUCAAUUUUAUUCUCCAAAAAAAAAAAAAAAAGUUUUCCUAAGGUAAAUCUUCAUCAAAUGCAGGCACAAUUUUCUUUUUCUGGGUACUUAAGUUUGAGUUUUAAUUUGAUUGAGUUUGAGCAAAUAAUUUCUUACAAACUUCAAUCAACUUAAAACCCUAAAAUCAACCAGAAAUCAAGAACAUGAGUGAAAUUAAAAUGAAUGAAAGUAGCAGUGAUCCUACUCUUGUUGAAAUCCUUCUCAAAACAAUCGGUCCUACUCGCCCUUCUCGCCUUAAACUUCCUCCUCAUAUUAAGGCUCGUGAUUUGAGGAAACUAGUUGCUGAAAAUAAGAAUUUGCAAAUUGAAAGUUUGAAGCUAAUUUUUCGAGGGAAUGCAUUGCAUGAUUCCGAUGAUGGAGAUGAUGUUUUUAUUCGGCUUGCUGAUGGUGAUUGCUUGAUUGUAGCCGUCAGACCGAAGGCACCACCAAAGCAUAUUAGAGCUGGAUAUGACGAUGAUGAUGAGGAUGAAGAAGAUCUGAAGUUCCAGCUCCCAGAGUCAACAAGUCGAUGGAAACGGAGGCUCUUUCGUAUUUUACAUGAUAAGUUGAAGCUUCCUGAUAUCAUCUUGAUUGCAAUUUUCUCUCUCAGCAUAAAGGCUUGGGCCUUAAUCAUCCUAUGGUUUAUCAUGGCUCCAGUUGCACACCGAUGGGAUCUGGGACCUUUAUAUAUACUCGGAACAGGAUUUUUUAUAAUCUUUUGGAAUCUUGGACAUCGUCAGUCAGGUGAACUCAGUGCAUAUUCAAUCUUCAACGAGGACUUUAGGGAACUUCCGGGAACUCUUAAUGCUGACCGCUUGGACAGAGACCUACGAACAGGUCAGCUAUAAAAGUGAUGGUACAAAUGCGCUCUUGUGUAUGAUUCUGCCAGAUACCUUAAGGAACUAUGCAAGUACAAUUUUUUCAUAGAAUAGGUUCUUCUCAUCUGUAAGCACUAAUUUCCCAGAGUCCCCUCCAAAACAAACCGCAGCGGCAACUGAAUGCUUGAAGACAUUUCAUGUAAAUGCUGAAACUAUGAUCCCAUGUGUGUUCAAUGUUGUUCAUACAGUUUUGAUGAUAUAAAAGCUACUGUAAAUUUUCUCACUA